GACUCUGUGCAGGAGCUUUUGAGCGUCACACCCAAACUGCAUCUCUGCCCUGAUCAACCAACCGCUCUGCUUCUCCUCUUCAGUGUCAAAGUGAAAAGAAAAGAUGGGGAAAAUAAACGGAUGCCUCAAGUGCCUUUUUAUCUUCUUUAAUGUGCUGUUUCUAAUCGUCGGAUGUGUGCUGAUAUACAUCGCAGUACAGGCUACUGCUACCUCAAUCAAGAUGUCGACAUUCGGAGGCCCAGGCGUGGGCUGGAUCUGGGUCAUCACCCUCGGCAUCUUCGGCAUCUCCGCUCUGGGAAUCUUUGCCGCCUGCUCAGAGAAGGAGCUUUUCCUCAAAAUAUUUGCAGGUUUCAUGGGGAUUGGGAUGAUCAUCAUGCUAAUCUUUGGGACUGUUGUGGCUGUUUUGAGAAACUCGCUGAAACAAAACUAUGACAGUAAAUCCAAAGAAUUUGUCGAGCCUAUCAUGAAAGAUGAAGAGUCGCGGCAAAUGCUGGAGGCCCUUCAAGUCGCAGUGAAGUGCUGUGGCGUGGUGAGCGCGGCGGACUGGGGCAGCGAAAUCCCAGACUCCUGUGGAUGCAGCGACACCAACGGACUGUUCAGAACCACAACCUGUAAAUCCAAACCUGUGGGAACUUCAGGACCGGCUCUGAUCUACUCUGAGUCCUGCAGCGGUAGCAUCUUUUACUUAAUGGACAUUUUAUUCAAGAUCUCCCUGGGUUUCCUGUUUGGAUUCGCUGUCACUGCACUGUUGGGCCUGCUGAUCUCCAUCCUGAUGGUCCAUCAGAUCCGACGUCACGACAGCAUGGGGGGGCCGCCCAUCGCCAUGAAGGGCUACUGAGGCCGACCUGAGCGUUGACCUCUGACCUCUGAAACGUCGCCAGAGGACUUCAUCAUCUAAAUCCUCCUGCAGGAGACGCCUUCCUCUCUUUUUGAGUUUGCAUCACUGACUUUUGUAUGAACAUUUAUUUUUUUACGUCUUUUUGUUUUGUUGCUGAAUUGUAUUAAUCUGUGAAACGCAGAAAAAAAAUCUGAAUAUUUCCAUGAAAAACAUUUAAAUUCAUUUUUAUGCUUUUUGGGGUUUUUAUAAGUUGGCAAAACAAUCACUAAAGCAGAUUAUAGAACAUUUUGAUGGAAUCAUUUUCACAGCAUAAUGACUUUAAAAGUAACAUUUUUACAUCUAUUUUCUUAUUAGUUUGUUGGAAAUAAUAUCUUUUUUAUUUUCUCACAUCAUUUUUCACAAAUUUCUACAAAAUCUGUCCACCGUUUUGCAAAAUUUGUGUUUUCUUUACUUUAAAACCUAAAAAUCUCAAUAAAGUGGUGGCUCUUCAAACAUGACAACACAUUUCUAACAGUAAAAAUUAAAUAUUAUUUUCAUUUUUAAAUUAUUUGUGGCCUUUUGUAUUUCUGGAUGUUCGCCUGAUAAAAAUGAGAUGAUCUGUUUAGGCUCUAAAGUUUGGAUUAAUGAUGUAAAUAAAUGUUUUAAACUAUGAAACUGUUGUUUAAAUGAAAAAACAAAACAUUUCCAGACAUUUCCACGAUAUUCUGUAAAAGUAUUAAAAUUGUUAAAAUAAAAG